CUGUAUGCAUAUUCACGUAAGAAGCCCUCUCUAGAAUCAUCGGGGAGCGGCCUCCUCCUUUGGACACGUGUAACCUGAGAAAGCAAGAUUGUCCAUUGAAUUCGGCUUUAUUUAAACACACAACUCGGCGUUCAUUUCACCCCACCUGUUUGCAAAGAAUCAACGAACAGCAACCUUCUCCUUCUCCAUUCCCAUUUUCCCAAAGCCAGCGCCUAAGCUUCUAACACGCAUCACUUCUCUCUCUCUCUCGAUAGAUCAUAAAGAGAUAUGGCCCCCCAAGUCGUCUCAGGCACAGCCCCGGUAAAAGCAGGAGGGUUGAGCCUGGAGAGUCGGGCAUACGUGACGUUCCUGGCGGGUAACGGCGACUACGUGAAAGGCGUGGUUGGGUUGGCCAAGGGGCUGCGGAAGGUCAACGCCGCCUACCCUUUAGUUGUGGCGGUAUUGCCCGACGUACCCGAAGAGCACCGUCAGAUCCUGCGCUCCCAGGGCUGUAUAGUCCGUCAGAUUGAACCUGUUUACCCUCCCGACAACCAAACCCAGUUCGCAAUGGCUUACUAUGUCAUCAAUUACUCCAAGCUACGUAUCUGGGAGUUCGUGGAGUACAGUAAGAUGAUAUAUUUAGACGGAGACAUCCAGGUUUACGACAACAUAGACCAUCUGUUCGACUUGCCGGACGGACAUUUCUACGCAGUGAUGGACUGCUUCUGCGAGAAAACUUGGAGUCACACCCCGCAGUACAAGAUCGGGUAUUGCCAGCAGUGUCCUGACAAAGUCCAGUGGCCCACCGCCGAAUUGGGUCCGCCGCCGGCCCUUUACUUCAACGCUGGAAUGUUUGUGUUUGAGCCCAGCAUCCAUACCUAUCACGAUCUGUUGAACACUCUCAAAGUGACUCCUCCGACCCCAUUUGCAGAGCAGGACUUCUUGAACAUGUACUUCAGGGAUAUUUAUAAGCCUAUCCCUCUUGUCUACAAUCUGGUGCUGGCUAUGUUAUGGCGUCAUCCAGAGAACGUGGAGCUCGACAAGGUCAAAGUUGUUCACUACUGUGCAGCCGGAUCGAAGCCAUGGAGGUAUACAGGGAAAGAGGAAAACAUGCAGAGAGAAGAGAUUAAGGUGCUGGUGAAGAAAUGGUGGGAUAUUUACAACGACGAGUCGUUGGAUUACAAGAAACCUGUAGGCGGAGUAGGAGAGGUUGCAGAGGGAGAAGCCAAGCCUGUAAACAUGCAGCCUUUUAUCGCUGCUCUUUCCGAAGCUGGUGCGGUUCAAUUUGUCACAGCUCCAUCAGCGGCUUAACUUAAAAGGGCUUUGUUAAUUGCAACAUUUAAGAGUCCGUCCGAAUCUAGCUAAUUGUAGAUGUUGUACAAGUCGACGUGGGGUCAUCAACUUUCUUCAUUGGAUAUGUUGGUGGAAAUUAAGGAGACAAACGAGGAAUAAACCUUUCUUAUUGUUUUUGUUUUCUAUUUCUUUUUGAUUUCCUAUUAUCAUGAAGUCUGUUCCAACCCAUUUGGGGAAAAUGGUGUUAAAUCCUAUUGAUAGUAAGGUUAUGGGCUUGAGUUUGUUAUCUUUCGCGCAAAGUACAGCAAUGAAGAAUGCAAAUAUUUUCUUUUA